AGAAUGGAAGCAAAGACUAAUAUGACGUAUAUAAUUCUGGGAGGCUUUAUAGAAGUGCAAAGGUACAGAUACCUUUAUUUUAUGAUCAUGUUGACUGCAUAUCUUGUAAUAAUUAGCUUUAACAUCUCCAUCGUUUGCCUCAUUAUUGUUCACAAAAGCCUCCACGAGCCCAUGUAUGUUUUUAUUGCCGCUCUGUUAAUCAACUCCAUUCUUUUCAGCACCAACAUUUACCCCAAGCUUUUCAUCGACUUCUUAUCAGAACGGCAGGUCAUACCUUACCAGGCUUGCCUCUUUCAAGUUUUUGCGUUUUAUUCUCUGAGCGCUUCUGAGUUCCUGCUGCUGGCAGCCAUGGCUUAUGACAGAUAUGUGUCCAUAUGCAAGCCUCUGCGAUAUCCGUCCAUCAUGACUAAGACCACUGUGAGUGCUUUGCUGGUUUUGGCUUGGUUUGUGCCUGCUUGCCACGUGUCAGUCUCCGUUAUCCUGAGUUCCAACAAAAGGCUCUGCAGUUACACUAUAAAUGGGAUUUUCUGCAACAAUGCCGGCCACGGUCUCUACUGUGUCAACUCACCGGCGCUGUCUGUUUUUGGUGUAGUUGUGCUGUUUAACGUUGGUUUUCUUCCCAUGCUUUUCAUACUCUUCACAUACGCGAGGAUAAUGGUGGUAGCCUAUCAGAGCGGUAGGGAGGUCAGAAGGAAAGCUGCGCAGACCUGUCUGCCUCACCUGCUGGUUUUAAUAAACUACUCCAUCCUGAUAACGUACGACGUCGUCAUAGUCAAACUGGAGACGGAUGUGCCGAAGAUGGCGCGACUUGUAAUGACACUUCAGAUAUUUAUGUACAAUCCUCUCUGCAACCCGCUCAUAUACGGGAUAAAAAUGAAAGAGAUUUCCAAACAUCUCAAGAGGUUGUUCUGUCAAACCAAAUGGAAAUAA